UCUAUUCAUUUUAUAAUAUGUAAUCAAAAGUUUAUUUUCUCAUAAUAAUUAUUAAUAAGAAUCUCGUUGGAAAUUAAUAAGUAAUGGCUCGGAAAGAAGAACCGAAAAUUCAACCAAAUAAUGAUUUGGAAAAGAAGAUAAUGGAAGCAUUUGAAGUAUUCGAUCACUCUGCGAAACAAGUAGUGGACGUACGAGAAAUAGGAACUAUUCUUCGCUCUUUAGGAUGCUGUCCGACCGAAGCUGAGAUUCAGGAAGUAAUCUUAGCGACUGAAAACAAAGAGGCGACUGGCAACGUGCCUUUAACGAAUUUCUUGCCUUACAUGUGUAAAGUUAUGUUGGAGCACAGAUAUUAUCCAGCCAGCGCAGAAAUGCUUCUAGCCGCUUUCAGAUACUUUGAUAAGGAGGGAAAAGGAUACUUGACGAAAGAGAAAUUCUCUCAACUGAUGUUGGAAGAAGGCGAGCCUUUUACCCAGGUCUAA